AGUGCUGAGCUUGCCUUUUCUCUCUCUUAUCCAAACACAUACAACUAUCUAGAUUUGUGUGGAAAUUUAGGGUUUUUGUUUUACUUUUUCAACUGUUGAGUUCGUGUAAAGAAUGUAAUUUUACAGGCGGGUUCUUGAUUUUGAGAGUCACGACAGAGAUUUUUGUUGAAAGUAUGACAUCAGAUGGUAAACUUUCGUGUUUGUUUGGCGCUGGGUAGGAGUAAAGGGAAUGUCAGACGUGAGCAAUUACGAGAUUCUUUGUAUUAUGCAAUCUGCUCAUAGCUGAACCGUUGUAAUUGGCUCUGCAGCUUGAAGACUUUAUCUGGGAUCAAUUCCGUCAUAUUGAUGAUCAUAUAGUUCCUCAUUCUAGAGACGAGAAUGCCCGUGGACAUGCAUCUCAGCCAAAAAGCAUUAAUAAAUGUCGAAUUGAAGUAAGCACCGCUGCUGAAAAGAGUCCUGCCAAAUGCUCUAGUCAGAAAAAGGAGGCGAUAAACUCUUUUACAGUAAAACCACCAAGAUUAACAAUGUCGGAAAGCGAGAUGUGGACUUAUCGACCUGAUGGUACCUCUUCCGCAACAGGUGAUGGUGAUCCAACAAAAGAGCUGGCAACCAUAAUGACUACUAAUGCUAAGACGUCAAGUAGUUUCUUCCAUAGUAACAAUAAUGCUUCCCUAGGUGAUUUAUAUUCAGAUGAUCCUAUCGUCAGCAGUAGGUCCACUGCAGUUCACUGUAGCUCUUAUACCUAUCCCCUACAUACUUCUCAAGGAGAGAAUGACUUUAGCUAUAUGGAUAUUCCUGAGGAUGAAUCUAGUGAUCUCUUAUACUAUAAUUGGGAUGAUAUAGGAUUCGAGGAUGUCUUUAGAAACUGUGAAUCAUUGUUUGAACUUCAGAAGAAGAGUAAUGAUGAUGAGACUGAUUGGUUGUCAGCAUCUAAUGCUAUCGAGGGUUCUGAAUCUGCAUCAAGAACCGAAUUUGCAUCUAGUGGUCCUCAUGCAAACGCAUUAAAAGGUCCAACAGAAGAUCUUGAACAUCCAAAACUGAAAAUCGAGUGUUCAUCAGCCAAUGAUACUACCAUGACAGGUGUACCUGCCAGUGACAAAACCAGUCCUCAGUUGUCGGAAGUUGAAGACACUGCCUUGCUAAGUUCUAUUUCUGUCGCGAAUAUGUCAAAUGAAAAUGUUGAAUUCAAAGAUAACAUUGUUAUCAAAAAUCAGGGAAGGAAGAAAAGAGAAGGAAGCAAAAAUGACCGACAUGUAGAAGAUGGCGAUACAUUACGUUAUCCCAGUGACCUUGGGAUAGAAGGCAGAUAUCUUUCUUCUGAGGAUACCUCCCAUAAUGGUCAUACAACCAUAUGUGUCAAACAGCACAAGGAAAACCUAGGACCUGGUACCUCCCAUCACCUCCUUGCUAAUAUAUCUUGCAUUCAAUCGGACUGCCAUCGGCCUUCGGACCAAACCACAAUUAGUCCAUCAUUAUCUGAGACCAGAUUAGAGAAUAACACUGCAACAUCUCUUCCUCCUAAAGGGUCAUCCCUUUCGUUUGAAGGGCUACAGGACAAGGACUCCAGUCAAGAUUUGUCAUCUAUGAUAAUUGAUGUUGCACCCGAUGGUCGAGAUAACCCUAGCCUCAAUCAAGGACUACCAGCAUCUUUCAAUAGUAAUGCAGAAAACAUAGAUGUGGCUUCUAUAUGCAAUCCUUUCCCAGUGCAGGCAAGUAUUGAAUUGGAAAAGCACAAUGAUAUUGAAGGAGCUAGCAAUGGUUUUCCUGCAAAAGUGGGACCUUGGUAUGUACAGGACAGCCCUACUGUUGAUGCCGGGUUCAACGAGGCUUCUUUAGAAGCAACUAGUUUUCGCCAGCUCCAACUUGUCAUGGAACAGUUGGAUUUGAGGACUAAGCUAUGCAUCAGAGACAGCCUUUACCGCUUAGCUAGGAGUGCUGAACAACGACAUCAUAACAAUGGUGGCCUGGGAGGCGAUAGAGAUGCCAGAACAUUCAUGGAUGAUGGAACAACUAAGUCUAGUGGAUAUAUUGACAUCGAAGCUGAUACAAACCCUAUAGACAGGUCUGUAGCACAUUUAUUGUUCCACAGGCCGUCAUUGUCUCUUCCAUCAGAAUCCAUUAUUCCUGCUCCUCCCUUUGCGGCUGAGAAAUCUAGUAAUAGAAAACCUGCUCAGCAAUAGAUCGAAAGGUUGCCAAGUUCUGAUGGUCAGUAACAACAGUUGUUAGCCUAACUACCAUGAGAUUAAAUUAAAAAAUUUGGAGACAUGCAAAGUCAGGUGCUGGACUAGAUGCCGGGCUUGGAUACAUUAAGUGCUCGUUUGUAAUCCAUGUGAUGUAUAUAUCUGUAUCAUCUUCUACGGUGUACUAUUUUGUUUUCCUCUUUGGCCUAGAUUUUCUGAAUGUGAAUGAGUAUAUACAUAGUUGAGUUUGAAAGUGUUCAAGAUUCAGAUCUAUUUCCUAAGUGUAUACUGCCAAGUGUUGGUCCUUUUCCACUUCUAUAAUGAUGGCUUUGCGCCAUGCAAAAAUUCUACUUA